AUGGAUGUAAAAUUUUGGAAAGUGUUUGCAAAAUUUACUCCAGUUGACAACAAAUUCUUGCUGGAAGAAGUUCAUAAUAUACGACGUACGGCAAAUCCAUUACGUGAUCGAAUGUAUCGAACGGAAAAUUCACUGGAAGUAUGGAUUUUGGAAGCAAAAGGUAUCCCGGUGAAACGGAAAUACUACUGCGAGAUAUGUCUUGAUAAGACGUUAUACGCUCGAACAUCAGCAAAACCACGUGGUGAUAUUUGCUUUUGGGGCGAGCAUUUCUAUUUCAGUCCAAUUCCAAAAUUGGAAAAUGUUUGUAUCAAUUUAUAUCGUGAAGCGGAAGCGAAGAAAAAGAAGGAUCGUUCAACGUUGAUUGGUUAUGUGCAAAUUAAAAUUGAUCAGCUUUCUACGCGACAUCCCGUAGAACGAUGGAAACAAAAGUAA